AUGUCGUGUCCUCAAAGUGCAUUGGCUCGGAUCUCAGUUGUAUCAGGAUAUUUCUCCUUUCUGACGUCUUUCAUAGCCCAAAUUCCUCAAGUUCUCGAAACGUAUGUGGAUAAAACAGUCGAGGGACUCUCACCACUUUUCUUGCUAGCAUGGCUGGUUGGAGACAUCACGUCACUAGGCGGAGCGAUUCUGACAAACCAGCUGCCCUUUCAGAUCAUUCUGGCAAUCUACUUUCUAAUCAACGACCUCUUCAUUUGCGGUCAGUACUAUUACUACGGAGUUUUGCACGGAAAUAGACUUGCAACACCAGGUCAUGAACAUAUGGAAACGGAUGAAAGAAUAACAUUUGUGAGAAGCAGAAGCUCAGAUGUACGUAUAGAACCCAAUUUGAAUCAAAGAUCGUGGCUAGCAGGUUUGUUGUGGUUCAGUACGGGCGCAAGAGGAACAGCUCUGGAAGACAAAUUUCAUUUUGCCAGUACCAAUUCUACAGCUGCAACCCAAGCUGGUGUGGUGCUAGCAUGGGCUGGAGCGCUUUGCUACGUGGGGGCCAGAAUCCCUCAGCUGUAUAAAAACUACCAACGGAAAUCUACCGAUGGACUUUCACCCUUCCUGUUCAUCAACACGCUGCUUGCCAACACUACUUACAAUGUGAGUAUCUUCACAAGCUGCAAGUUUUUGGCAGACACGAACAAAUGGGAGUUUGUGAUGAACGAGCUGCCCUUUAUUGUCGGAAGCGCCGGCACUGUGCUAUUUGAUUUGGCCUAUUUCUAUCAGCACUAUGUGUUGUAUGCGGAUGAUAUGCAUUUGAGAAGGCUAGAAACGCAUUUGAGCAACGAUGAAACGACGGCUUUGCUAUAG